GAUUCGGACAAGCAGGUCGGGACGGAACACAUCGAACAGAACAUGCUGUGUUUCGCGGGCGGCGUCGACGAGAUAUACGCGUACUCGUUCGGGAGUGUUGGUUUCGUGCGCGUCGACACCGCCAAGCACAUGUACGAGUAUCCCCAGAACGCGAACGGCAAACCGAAACGCACCUUCCAGGUCUUUGUGGGUUUUUGCCAGCAGGAGCUGUGCGGACAG